CUUCCGAGCAGCUGAUCGUGGUUCGUCAGCCUCGCGCCGCGAGCCAGCAACUCGCACGUCGUCGCGAGCCUGAGGAGACGUAUGAGAGGGAAGGACUUUGGUUUCACCUUGUUAUGAGUCCAGCUGGGUCGAGGAGCCCCGGGAGCUGCGCUCAGCGAUGCCCAAGUACUGCUCGGUGCCGAACUGCAGGAGCGACUCCGGCGGCGAGAGGAAGAGCUUUUACAAGUUCCCCCUACAGGACCCGGCGCGGCUGCAGCAGUGGCUGAGGAACAUGGGCCGGGAGAACUGGAGCCCGUCUCGCCACCAGUACGUCUGCCACGAACAUUUCGCCCCGUCGUGCUUCAAGGUGCGCUGGGGGAUCCGCUACCUGGACAGUGACGCCGUCCCCACCGUCUUCCUGGAGCCUGAGAAACGGAAAGCGGACGAUCCCGGCGACAGGAAGCCGAAGCGUCUCCGAGGCGACACGGCGCCGGAUCCCCUGGAGAUGCAAGGCGAGCCUCAAACGCUUCGCCUGUUUGAGUUUUCCGUCGACCCGACGCUUCAACGAGACGGCGGUUCCCUCCAGACGGGCGUGGACUCGCAGGCGUCCGUGGAGGCAGCCAUGGCGGGUGGGAACGGACCGCCGGCCGUAUACCAGUCAGUGGGGGAUGUGGUGAGCGGCGGCGGCGCUGAGGUGGUCCUGAUGUCUGAGAGCUCGGCGGAGGGAGGGCGGGUGGAGCUGGUGAACGGGAUCGCCGCGGCCAUCCUGAGCCGGGGCGGCGCUCUGGUUCUGAACGAGCUCGUGCCGCCCGCCGCCCCCCCAGGACUCCAGGAUCUGUCCACCCAGGAGUUCCUGCAGCUCCACGAAGGUCAGCAGGUCGUCGCUUACUUCGAGACGAUACCCAGCGUCUUCCCCAGCGGGGCGUCCACCCAGUUCACCUUCCCCCCCGACACGGUGCUGUCGUCGGCUCUGAGCGCCGAGCCCAUCUCGUCCACCGUGCCCAUCGUGUCCAAACACGCGCCGCCGUCGCUCGCCCUCAGCCUGGAGCGGCUGGACGGAGAGGAGGCGGAGGAGGGGGAAGGCGUGUCGGACCCAGACGGGACGGAGCAGGACGACCAGCAGCUGGGGGAGCACAGCUACCAUAAGAACAGUUUGAGCAAAGAGCAGCUGGAGGCGGUGGUGGCCGAGCUGCAAAAGAAGGUGAAGGUGCUGCAGCAGCGCCACCGCCGGCACCUGGAGAAGCUGCUGGGUCUGGAGAACACCGUGAGCCAGCUGAGGCAGAGCAACACGCUCAACGAAGAGCGGCUGCAGCUGCUGGAGAGGGCGUACCUGCAGAGCAGUGCGUCGGAUGCUGGUGAGACCGUGGCCAUCAUCUACGAAGAGGACGACGCCGCGUACUUUUACACUCCGCUGAACGAUGCCGCAGCGCCGUUAAGUCUGGACAACAAAUAAUGUGGCUGUGCCAAAAAAAAAAAAGUCACUAAAGGGGGUAAUGUUGUUUAAAACAAA